ACUCGCUGUGUCUAGCGACGGGAGAGUUAUUUUAUGGAAUAAUCUAUGGCCUGGAGAGUAUCUAAAAAACAUUUUUUACUUAAUAAUUUAAGUUAAGUUAAAAUCUUGUUUUCUAAUUAAGUUUUAUAAUUUUUAGCUACUAUAUAAAAAUUAUAUGAUAUAAAUACAUGUAUGUUUUAAAAGAUUAAUUCCAAACACAUUCAAUAUUUUAUCAGUAACCGUGGCGCUAAACGACGGUGAGCAUGAUACUGUUAAAGUAAUAUUUUGAGAAGAAAAGAUUCACUGUGCUGUUUUCUGUGCUAUUCCUGUUAGUUACUUUCCUAGAUCUCUGCUAACUGUUUGCAUGUUUAUGCUUGCAUCUUUAAAAUCACCUUAUUUUGUGAUUUUUUUACCUUCCUUUGCUAAUAAUAUUAGAUAUGACUGUUGAUAUUGUCGCAAGAGGUCAGUUACGGGGACACAACGAAUAAAUAAGACUGUAAAGCACAAGAUUUACAUACAGAUUACGACGGACAUUAUUUGCGACAACAGUCUUUGACUUAAACUUAUGAGAUUGACUAAGAUAUUAAGAAAAUCGUGGCGCAAGCAAAUUACAUGCUACCCGUUUUUAACAGCCUUCCAUUGUCAGUCACCAGUGACAAAUGGAGUCUUUGCAGUGCAUACAUUUCUUGCCUCAGAUUAUUGUCAGUCGUGUUACAGACAGCUGUAUAUGUGAAAUGUUAGGUGUGUUGAAAUUUUCUUGAAACCAACAAUGUCUAGUCUUUAGAUUUUCACGGUUUCAGGAUUCAGCAUCGUAGUGAUACUUAAGAGCACUUUUAUGACUAAUGCUAUUUUGAAAGUGUUAUGUUGAUACAUAGAUUAAUCAUACAUGCAGUUUUCAGGGGAUUGAUCACAGUGUAUUAGUUAUCAUUAGAUUAGCCGAAAUAAGUGCCAGUUUAUUACUCUCCUAGUGGACUCAGUUGUCAGGAAUCACUUCUAGUAACCCCGCCUCGUAUUCCAUCCAUUAAAGUUUCUUGAUACAUUUUGUCCAUAAAAAAAAAAGCAAUUUAUUAAUAAUCAUGAAGCAUGAUUUUAAAGUGCAAAAUCUAGUGACUGGCUGUCUGUGCUUAUUUACCAUCACUGUUCUCAUUGAUACUGGUCUGAAUAAUUACCAAUUCAUACACUUAAUAGUUAUUCACUGCUUCAGCUGUUGUCGACAAAAUGACUGACAAAACAGCAGUUUUUGCUGAUGCUGAUUUGCAGUUGUUGAUUUUACAUGCCUGAUAUGAUUAUAUUCUGUCGUAUAGUCUCAUACUACUUAUCUUUAAGUUAUUUAUUCCCCUUGACCUCACAGAGUACUGUAUAUUUAUAUUUGAAAUAUUCAAAUGUGUAAACCUAGGUGCAACAUCUGAGAGAUAUCCAGAUCCUACAUCUGCUGAUAAGUGUCUGACAGCGAUUAAUGUGAAAUUCAUACAUAUAUAUAGAUGGGGAUUUAAGAUCUUUGCAAGUGUGUGAGCAAAGCUUGUACCUAACCGCAUAGAUAGUUCUGACAAACGACAGAAACAUACCUUGAUGACAAUGUGUGACAUUCAUCAGUUUAAAACCAAAAAUGGCAUAUCAAGUACUGCUUGUUUUUUGUCUUGACACUUUUGUUCAUUACAUUAUAUAUUAACUGAUAAUGCGCAUUGAGCGCAUCUUUGUGAUGCGGAUACUAGCGCGCUACAAAACUACAUCAUCAUCAUCAUCAAAUAUGCAACUUACUUUGGUGCAAAAUAUAAACAGUGUAGUUUUGACCAGACAUUCUAGGCUAAGCUGCCCAUGUGGUCAGUUGCAAAGUUUUAUCCAUUUGAGACAUUUCUGUCUGUCACAAUGAGGUCUUCGAUGAGUGUCAAUUGUCCAUUCUCAGGUCUUUCAUGGUACCCAGAAUCAGAGUUGCACAAAACUCCGAGGCAUAUUUUUAUCAUGGUUGUUUCUUUUAAAUCAAUGAAUUAAUUAAGAAUGAUUCUCUAUCCUAUCAUUUGUCAAGAGUCUUACCUGCAACAGAGAAAAUGGUCCUUACCAAAGUCUUAUAUAAAUUCUUUGUUUAUUGGCAUCAUAGACAAUAUACAAGCCUUUCAAAAUUGCUUUAUGUGGGCUGACAUAAUUUCAUUUUUAAGUGACUGUGUGUUGUCUUUGCACCCUCUAAAUCAUCAUUGUGAUAUUUCAUAAUUUUUUUUUGCUUGCGUGUGAGUCUGAAAUCCACCCAUCUUUGCAGAUAAAUUAGGAGAAGGUAACGGAAAACAAUGUCAACAUGUUCGGACUCAGGGAGUCGAACAAGUCCCUUUGUACAUCUGGCUUUACGAUCAGCUCCUUUACGCAUCAAUGGUGGUAGAGAAUCUCAUGCUGUGAAGCUUCAGGAGGUUUUGUAUCAACAGAUGAUUGAAAACUCUAGUUUCUGUGAUGUCACACUCCACAUUGGGGAAAUUUCUGUGAGAGCACAUUGGUGUGUGUUGGUCACGUGUCCAUUUUUCCGAUCUCUGUAUGACAGUGGCAUGAAAGAAUCUGUGUCAGGGGAAAUCAAGCUUGACUUUGGGAGUCCAUAUGCAAUGAGGGAGGCAGUUGAGUUUCUUUACCUUGGACAGGUGCGAGUGACAUAUGAAAGGGUGCGAGAACUGUUGGAAGUAGCAGAAUAUCUCCAGAUUACAGACAUGAAAAAGUGUUGCUCAGAUUUUCUCUUCACUCAAGACCUUACAAAGGAAAACUGUAUACAGAUUUUGCUGUUGUCCAGUCUGUACAAUCUGGAAAUAUACCAUGCGGCCUUCAGGUUCUUAUGUGGAAAUCUUCCAGACCUUAUUCAACUAAAGGAGAUGCUUGAUUUUACCAGAGAUUCUGUUCAGAUGCUCAUAUCUGACCCAACACUGUCCUAUGUGAAACAGGAAAUCUUUUUUGAUUUUAUUGUCAGAUGGGCGGAGCAUGAUUUACCUGCAAGGACAGAGAGUUUUCAGGAGUUGUUCUUGACUUUAAACCUCAAAGCCAUGUCGCACCGAUUUCUGACAGAGACAGUGGAAAAACAUUCUCUUGUGUUAACUUCAGAGAAAUGCAAAAUGCAUGUGCUAGAGGCCAAAAUACAGUGCAUGGCUGGUUUGGCACCGGGCUCGUCAGACAUGAGAGAGGUGAUUGUGCUGUGUGGGGGACUUGGUACCACUUCCUUCUUCGACAGGUUUCUCAGCUUGUUUCCAGGCAAUGGAUCAGCUCACCUGUAUGCAUUUCUUGUGCAAGAAGCCCGCUGGACAGAGUUGCCUCCUCUUCCUUACCCCAUUCGGAGGCCUGUUGUUGCAAUUGACAGUCAGGGAUCUGUGCUGGUUGUGGAUACAGACAAUAUUGUUCAAGAAAGUCAAUCACAUCUGUUAGUAUUGCAAACACAGCACAACACCUGGACAAACAAACAGCUGAAAUGGCCUGCUGGGGAAGAGGAUUUAAGAUUUCACCAUCUCAUCUGCUGUGGUGGGAGAACUUUCAUAGUUGCAUCAAGUAUCAAGCGAACAAGACCACGACAUCCACCAUCUCUAGACAGACUAGACCAGCGCUCUGUAUGGCAAGUGCAGUUGCUAGAGGUUGACAGGGUUUCUGGUGAGCUGUCAGUGAAAUGCUUCCUCUUUUUUCGGUCUGCAAACACGAGGAUUCAAGCCUGCUGCCGCCAAGGUGAUGGAACAACAGCUAACCCAAACAUCAUCUUUGUUCUGGGCCAGAAGACUGGAGUUGCCAGCAGGUGCCGCAAUAGAAAGGCUACAAAACUUAUAACAUAUGAUGUAAGCCUUGAGAAGAAGAAGGAACACUGGCGGUCCCCAUUUGAGCCACUCACGUACGUGGUGUCUGAAGGUUUGCUAACCACAAGGCUGGGGAAAGUGACUUCUCAUCUGUUUUCUCUCAAAGACCGCAGGUGGAAUGCCAGUCAGCGGCAUUCGCCAAUGCUUCCUCCUGUAGAUCCAGCUCGUGAAGAUUUUGCCACUGCUGCUGUCAAUGAUGAAAUUUACUUAUUCGGAGGAAAGGCACCUGAUGUGAAAAAGCCUUUGGCUUCAGUGGCCAAGUUCUCACUGGCCACUAGGACUUGGAUAGAGCUGAACCCUAUUCCUGUGCCAUUGAUGGGGGCAGGAGUAGCUGUCGGUCGUCUCCCUGCUGACGUGCUUCGGUGUCACAUAGACUGCCCCCACUGCUACUUCCAUAGUCAGCGCAGUCGCACUAUUUACAACCUGACGCUACCUGAUCGCUUCAAGGGGAUGAGGAAGAUGACUAUGAUGAUUAUGAUGAUGAUGACGAUUACUAUGAUCGCAGCUUUUCUGAUGAAUGGUACUAUUCUGAUGCAGAUUUUGAGGAAGAUUGGUACUGAGGUUAAUGAGCAUGCAUAUGCUAACACACACAAGACUGAGAUUUUACAACCUUGAUUAGGAGAAAGUGAAAAAUCAAACAAAGCAGACCACAAAAAUAAAAAGUCUUAUAUUCUUUUUCACUUCUUUUACUAGUUAUGUUCAUAGUACAGUCUUUCGGAGACUAAGUUUCAGAGACUAAGCUACUGUCUGGAUAUUUGUUGUAUAUUUUGUGCAGGUGUGUGUGCUUCAUGCAAAUAUGCUUGUGUGUGCAUGGGUCUUUACUUAAACCCACUCCUGCUCUUUGUUAAAAAGUGUCAUUUAUAUUACAUGUGAGUUUAUAAACAGUUCUGGGAAAGACAAGCACAAGAUAGUGUUGCACCCAUGAAAGGCAAUGUUCUUAAAUAAAAUGUUACUUUUUUCUUGUCUUUAAUUAUUCUGUUGAGACCAUACUUCUUGGCUGCUAGAUGAAACAAAAAUUCACUCAAAACUUGUUCCUAUGCUACAAUAUACACAAAUGCUAUAACUUUAAAGCAAGAAGAAACAUUUCAUGCCUGUUGCAACAAGAGGGACAUGCAUUUCAAUUUUUUUCUGGCUUUUUCAGAACUGUAAUAAAGCAUUCCAUUUACUUCAAAAGCAUGUUGGUUUUGACAUGCUGUUUUCUUUUUUAAAUAAUGCUGGUAGAGUGAUGCCUUAUUUAAAUUGCUUUAAAUUUUUUUUUUUUAAGCUGAAAAUAAUUCAUUUGAUUUGGUUACCAGAGUUGGAUCACUAAUCCAACAGAUAGCUGCAGCAGCAGAUGUGAUCAGGACAAUUCAAAUGGUGAAUGAAAAAAAAUAAUACUAAAAACAGAAGUAACUGAUUAAUUAUCUAAUGAGGCUUGAGAGGACAUUUAAAAAACAAAAACUUAAAGAUACAGUUUUUAAGCAUUCAAAGACUAAAAAUAUUGUCACCUUUCCCCUGGCCCAAAUUGUUUGCAAAUUUUUAAAAUGAUUCUUAAAAAAGAUUUGUACUUCCUAUUUAAGAUCACAAGUUCGCUGCCCAAGAGAAUGAUUUUCAUGACAAUGCAUCUGUCGUUUAGGACCUUUCAUUUAAUAUACUAAAUCCACUGCUUCCAUGUGUUAGGUGUCAUCAUCUAAUAAUGCUUUACUUGCCAGCAUCACAAAGUUGUUAUUGCGCAGGAAUAAUGCUCCAUAAUUUGGUUGGUAGGUUUUGUUGUUUUACAAUAGAAACACAUGUCUUGCUGUCUUUUCUAGGAAUGUUAAAUCCAAAUUUAGGAAUAGGUCACAUAAAACACAAAUUCUACUAUUGUACUUUGUCAUAAAGUUAGUUUUUGCAUCCUCUGUAGUACAGUUAGUUGAUCAGAACCAUUCAGGGGCAGUGUCAUGAGCAGUUUGUUUAAUGUUCUAAUAAACUUUGAAUUGCUUAUCGAAAAA